GAUGAAAAGGGGGGCUAGCGAACAAAGUGGAAGAGAACGUAAACUUUUCUUUGAGAACAGUAUAGAAAAGAUAGAUAGAUAUUGCACGAAAGCGGAACGGGAUGAAAUAGUCAGGGGAAUUGAUAGUAUUGUUGAUCAAGUGUCAGACAAUAAAAUUGACAUUAUUUCGGGGAAUGUGAAAGAGGAGCACAGACCGUCAAACACUACUCAAAUACGUAUCGAUCUCCCAAUCGAGAGAGAGAUAACGGCUGUUGUAGUAAGGGGUCACAGGCUAUCGGAAAUUGCCGUUGGCGUCGGCGCAGAUAUCGAAAAGAAGCUAAUCCAAGAUACAAAGAAUAACAUGAAAGAAUGCGGCACUCUUACAAAUUAUCUUUCAACAGAAGUUUGUAUUCUAUGCGAAACAAAACUCGAGUCGUCAAAUAUUGUGCUUCUCUCUUUUGUCGAGUCUCGAAUGACUAUUACCGAACUAUACGUAACGUCUAAAUCGUAUAACGUUCAAGAUCACAGCAGGAGCUUAGCUAAAGGUGUAAACGUUAUCAAUUCCCAGAAAUCAGCGGAUACUUAUAAAAUGGUCGAUAAUGAUUUGAUGAAUACCUGUGUCUAUAAUUGGGGACAACCAUCUUACGUUAUUAUUGAAUUAUUAGAUGUUUCUUAUAUAAACAGAGUAGUAUUAUUAUCGAAAUUUAAUGGAUUAAGAACAUUAAUUGUAGCUGCUGUACUUGGUAAACAUUCUAAUAUAAAUAAAUAUAAGAAUGUAAACUAUUGUUACUCCUACGUGAGACGAUCACCGAUAACGAGAAUCGAUAAAUAUUGCGCAAGAGUUCUAAAGACGAGGGGCGUAGCUAUUAUAUCAGAAGAGAAACAAUUCCAAUUAUGUUCGGUUCAAGUGUAUUUUGAUAAAGAAUUUGGAAAAUUACAACCAGAACGAAAAAUUCUGACUAAUUACAGCUGGGCUGUUGAAAAUGCAUUAAGGGAUAGGGAAAUAUUAAAUAACGAUACAGAAUUGGCAUUUUUGACAAACGAUGCCGCAUUUAAAUUGAAAUUAUUUAGAAAAUCGAAUUUGAAUGAUGGCGAUAUUAGAACUUGUAUACCAAUUAUAGCCACAAGACUUAUACAUCUUGACUCGAUAUUAAUCAAGAUAUUUCUUAGAAUAACUAGAUCUUUCAAGUAUUUUUUCAUCUACGGUUAUGACAUAUGCUCUCUAAAAGGAGGAAAAGUGUCAACUUCCUUUCGUAUUGGUGCAAUAACAACGAUAAAUCCAAAGAAUAAACUAUCGGAUUCGGUAUUUUGUAGACCUAAAUUUUCCGAUUGCGAUGAUGAAUUCAAUAUGAACGAUGCUGAUAUGUUUUCAUAUCGUAUCAGACUUGGGUCGUUUUCAAUUAAGAGAUACAGAGUUAUCUGCCAAACUCCCGUGAGAGGCAACGUAGUUAUUUUACAAUUAAAACACCGUGCAAAUGAUUUUUCUAUUUGCGAAGUUGGAUCUUUCGUUGAGCAACCGGAAGUUGCAACUUUUGACAAGAAUUCGUAUCAUUUUCAAAAAUUAUUAAUUAAAGCUAAACAUUUAACGCCUUUCGAUGUUGACGAUGUGAUAUCUUCGAGACUACUUGAUACCGGAAGUAAUCAGACUAUGAAUUUAAGGAAGACACUUAUACCCAGAAUCGGUUUAAAAUCAGAUUGGAUGAUAACAGACCCUAAUUCAUGUUUAAGCACUGUCAUACUAACAGAUAAGCCUUCCUAUGUGGGCGUUAGAUUUACGAAAACGAAUAUUGGAGGAGUUAAAUUAUUGUCCGAUGCAAACUCUUUGGGACCAUUAAGGGUAGAAGGUGGAAACGUUCCUAAAACAGCGUUUUAUAGGGGACCGGCAGACAAUUCAAAUACUGAAAUAUGCUUCUAUCUAUAUAUAGAUGAAAGGAAGGCUGCUUCUCGUUAUAGCGUCGUAGAUAGGAGAUGCUAUAGGUCUAUAAAAAGAGCUACUACACUCUACGUAAUAUCAUCUAUAGGUUACGAUUUACGUGUAUGCAAAAUUUUUAUAUACGAGCAGAAAACUUUGGCACCUGAUAAGAAAAAGGUGGGAGGUUACGGUUUAUCGCUCGGAAGGAACGAAACAUACUACAUCAAUAAUGGACCUAAUUUGAAUACUUCUUUAAAAAACUAUGAAAGAUUUAGACAAUCGGAUAGCAUCUCUAAAGGUCUUCUAGCCCGUAUUGAAAAUUACAAUUAUCAAUCUUAUUAUAAUUCACGUAUUACCAAUUCGCCAAAAGUAACAUUUUCCUUUGGUCCAAAUGUCACGGCUGUUUCCCUUGACCUUAAACGAGUUUUUCGCUUAAUAAAUGUUUCUCUUGGUGUUGAAACCCCCUUAGAACCAAAUCGAACAUUAUACAUAUGGUACGACUACGCCUUACAACCGGAAAUCUUUACUUUUUCUUCAAAAGGUCCCAAUUGUUGGUCUAGAAGAACUAUUGGUAGAGGAUUUUUUAUUCUAACUUGUACGUUAUUUAAAGUAGCAGGUAGAUUCAUAAGAGUAGAACUUGAACCAAGCAGUAGGAAGCAUACGAUAAAACUAUGGAAAUUGGACGCAGUUUCAGACCAAAUAGGUGGCAUUUGCUAUCAAUUAGAAAGAGUUUAUUCUCAAGUUUUAGAAGAGAUGGGAAAUCCAACAGUAGCCCUUACGCUAAAUAUCUGCAAAUACCGAUGUUGGUCUAUUACGAACUGCAAUUAUUUUAAAUACCAUAAUUCAAUAUGUAAUUUAUAUAAGAAAAAGUCCAAAGGAACGAUUGGUACAGCAAUUAAAUCGGCCUAUAGAAAAAAGAAUUGCUCUCAGAACGAGUAUAAAGCGUCUUAUGAUCAAUUACCCAUAACUGAAAGAGAGAAGGCUAUGGAAGGUUAUAGAAUCCUCCUGGCGUCAACAAAUACAGAUGGUUUUACAAAAUUAUCUGCAGUUUUUGAAUCUAGGUCCGCUAUUGAUUCAAAUUUUGGAGAAUUCAGCUGCACGAAUACAAGAAGGUCAUCUUGGAUAUCCAUAAAAUUAAGGGAAAGAAAUAAAUUGGGUAGAAUUCGGAUAAGAUCAGUAGGAGGCAGCUUAAGUCAUUUGAAUACUGCAGUUUUCUCUGAUGAUUCUAUUCUUAGAUUAAGUUCUUUUGAUAAGUUCUUAUCGAAUGAGCUUGAACAUUGCUAUACUCUUUCUGAGAGCCUUGAUGAAGCCAUAUAUCAAUAUGAGGAUAGGUGCUGGAGAGAUAUUGAAGGGGAGUAUAUACUUAUUUAUACUGAGAUCCUUCCCUCGCUACACGUUUGCGAAGUAAAGGCCUAUUCUGUUAAUAUGCCUGAUCCCUGUUACGAUCACAAAUGUCCCAUGGAUUUGUCUAAAUGUGUUAAGUUUAGAAGCCACUAUCAUUGUCAAUGUUACGAUAGUAACCUUAUAUUCGGUAAUUUGUGCCAAAUGAGAGCUUCCGGUAAAUUUUUACUGAAUUCUAAUGUAUCAAUUAUUGAUUGGCGAAGAUCUAGACAUCAUUAUUUAGUCGAUCUUGCUAAAAAAAAGAGAUCUUUUAUUUACGGCUCUUACGAUCAACAACCUAUUUAUUUAGGAUUAAACCUGACGGACGGAGACUUAAGGACUUGUGUAAAUAUGGAUGAUCGUUUCUUUGUAUCUGUCUACCUUGAGACGCUAUUUCCCGUUGGUAGAAUAAUUUUAGGGGGAAAGAAUAUGAAUAAGACGUCGGGGAAUGCCUUGAUAAUUGAGGUCCGUACAAGUCGAUCAUAUUUCCAAUUUUCAUCUUUAAUCGAGUUCGAAAGAGAACGAUCAAAGCGAACAACUCUUUGCUACGAAGGUUUCUAUUCGACACCUUCAACACCUUUUAUAAACGCAACGUGCCGUACAUAUGAUAAAGGUAGGAAGAGCGAAGUUCAAACUCCACAAAAUGCCCGAUUAAUCUAUGUUUAUGUUGGAGGUGUGACUUCUGUUUUUGAAUUAUGCGAAAUAGAAGUUUACAAAUUGCCUGAGAGAAGACAGAGUUGCCUGAGAACGAUUUGGUCAUCAAAACCAGAUGAUCAAUUCGAUAAAAGUCAUCUUAUUGAGAGGAAAGUUUUAAAGAACAAGGACGAUUGUGAACUUCUCUGCAGGAGCUUAAGUAAUUGUAAAGGCGGCGAAUUCGGAGGGUCAGCAUGUCUAUUAUUCGAUUACCUAGUAUUCGAUAGAUCUUUACGAAGGAGGAGUUCGGCAGGUGGAGUAGUGCACUUGUUCGAAUUGGUCAAUUGUAAUAUAACAUCCAUAGAAAAUUACGGAAAAGGACCAAAAAGUAUUACAAAGUGGGUUUCAGCCACCACUAGUAGUCCUAAAUCGGAAACCGGUAAGGAGAUUGAGGGAUUGAAGGCUUCAGGAAAAAUAAGUAACAUGUGUACUUGGAUAGACUGUAGUCAGUCACAGACAGAUCGUUAUUGCUAUUGGCUCGUUAAUCUAGGCACGAAGAAGUAUAUCUACGCCGUAAAUAUAAAAAGCGAUAUAAAUAUCCUUAGUAACCUGGCGGUAGAAACUAUUAAAGAGGGGGAUCAGGAGAAGGACUUUGACGCAAUCUUCAGUAGCACUGCCCAUAACCGAACGGAUUUAGAUAAGAAGCUUUGUUAUCAUUAUACAGGAGUAUUGACUAAAGAGAUACGUGGUUAUUGCGAGGAAGUCGCUUUAUCAACAUAUGUUUUAAUAACGAAAUUGGCUACUGAUAAAGAAUUUCUUUGGCUAUGUUCUAUAAAUAUAAUAGAAUGGAGAUUAUCGUCAAAGGAGAUGGAUCGUUAUCUUUAUGGUUGUGAAAAUGGUCAUAAAGGUAAACACGUUAGGGGGCAAUUAAAAUGCAAUUGUUCAAAAAAUUCUGGCUCCUUCUGUCAAUCUGUCAAUUGCUCUAGUUCACUUAGCAAAUGUAAAGGUAGAAAGUGCAAAAAAAAGCCCUAUUCUGUUCUCAAACCAUUGGAUUUUUUUAAAGAAAGUUGCCACUGCAAAAAGGAUGAGUAUGGCAAAUAUUGCGAAUAUAGCCGACCGUCGAACCAAUGCAUUUCAAAUCCGUGCCAAAACGGUGGAACUUGUCAGGCCAAUUCAGAUAAUGAUUGGCCUCUAGGUAUCAGAUGCAAUUGUCAUUUGGGCACUAGAGGCGAUUUUUGCGAGGUUAACAAUGACGACUGUUUAAAAAAACCUUGUUUGAAUAAUGGAACUUGUAUAGAUAUGGUCAACGGUUUUCUUUGCACUUGUCCACAGGGUUUCACUGGUAAAAAGUGUCAAGAUUCUAUCAAUUUUUGCCAAUCUCAUUCAUGUUUAAAUUCUGCAAUUUGUUACAAUAGGCCCUCUUCCCACGUCUGUCACUGUUCCAAAGGCUAUAAUGGCACUAAUUGUUCCAUGGUCGUAAAUACAUGUAGCUGGUCUUCGACAAUGUGCUUUAAUGGUGGUACAUGCAUACCGGAGGUUGGAAAUUUUUCUUGCGCCUGCAGGAAGGGAUAUUUUGGUAAUAGAUGUCAAUUUUUUGAAAAUGCUUGUUCCAACGAUACAUGUUUGAAUGGUGGAACUUGUAACGAAGUACGUCUAGCCGAUACACUUCCGAUUCCAACUUGCGCUUGUAAAGUAGGAUUUAGCGGUAACACCUGUGAAAUUAUACUGAAUCCCUGUCAACCGCCUUCUCCUUGUCUAAACGGAGGUAUUUGUAGGCCUAAAAAUACGUUCUAUGAUUAUUUUUGCGACUGCCCAGAAGAGUUUCAUGGAAAGAAUUGUGAAAUAAAAUUUACUGCUAAACAAUGCAGUUCAUGUCCUUGUAUGAAUAAUGCUACCUGCCAGGAACAUCCUUUAAAUCCAAAGGAUUAUAUAUGCCUUUGUUCUAAAGGAUUUACUGGAAAACGUUGUGAAAAUGAUAUUGACGAGUGCUCAAUAGAGGAAAGCUGCCAGAAUAGUUUCCCACCUGCAUAUACUCAACCGCCCCUAAAGAAAAAUUGCACUGAAACCUCCUUUAUAAAAAAAGUAACAUAUCCGAUAGAUGGCAUUAAUUGUCUACGGAAAAAGAAUAGCAAAGAAGCAGCAUGCGAAAGUACUGCUUGUAUAAUGGGACUGUGUUCUAUAAACUUAACUUUUGGUCGAGGCGAUAAUAUAACUAAACUGGAAUGCGGAAAGAGGGGAACUGUAAACCAAUGUAUAAACGCUAAUGCCAUAAACAUAACCUGCUUGGGAAGAAAAUGCAAUUUGGUUAAUUUAACUGAUAAUUAUUACUGCGAAUCGGCUAAUUGUACCGGAUACAUGCGAGAAACCAAAGUUGCAUGUAGUUUAACUCCUAUUGAACCAAAAACGCCUUGGGUUUGUCUUAAUUUAAUAGGAAGGUCAGAAUGUUCUUGCCCGUGGAAUUCAACUGGAACGUAUUGUAAUGUUUCAAAUAUUCCAAGUCCGUGUAAUAUGAUGGGCAUUAUUUGUUCUAAUCACGGAGUAUGUCAUGACAAUGGAACAAAAUUUUAUUGCCAGUGUGAUCAUGGUUAUCAAGGAAAUUUUUGCGAGUAUCAAUCAAGAAAAUGCAUUCCAAAUACAUGUAAAAAUGGCGGAAUCUGUAAUCCAGUUUUAACUAAUAUGACCUGUAAUUGUCAAUGCCAGAAGGGUUAUGAGGGCACCUCUUGCGAAAGAGAUACUGAUGAGUGUUCCUCCUUAGAUUCUAAUUUAUGCCUACAUGGACAAUGUGUAAAUGUACCUGGGUCGUACGCUUGUCUUUGUGAUGAUGGUUUCCAUGGACCAACAUGUAGUAAUUCAAUAAAUGAAUGUUCUUCAAAUCCUUGUGGUUUAGGCGCCAUCUGUCAUGACUUGACUGCUACCUAUUCUUGCUCCUGCCCAGAACAUGCUUUCGGUUUACCAAACUGCAAACCGAUUCCAUUUUGUCAAAGUUCGAAUGCUAGUUGCGAUCCUGUAGGAACAAAGUAUUGUCAAUCUGAAGAAGCAAAUCCGGCUAAAGGAAAAUGCGAAUGUAAACCUGGUUAUAUUGGUGAAACUUGUUCUACAGAACUAGAUACUUGCUCCCCAAACCCGUGUUUAAAUGGGGGUACCUGUAGGAGAUUGACAAACGAUUAUCUCUGCGAAUGCCCUAAAGGUUUUGCUGGUGAUAAUUGUAUCAGAAAAAUUAAUCCGUGUUUAAGCAAUCCUUGUUCCCUUGAGAGAUCCGUUUGUGUUCCUUUAGCAAAUGGAUCAUAUAUAUGUGAUUGUUUACUUGGCUUCAAUGAUCCUCCAGAUUGUCAAAAGUAUGUAGAUCCUUGUACUAUGAAUGGCCGUAAAAAUAUUUGUAAAAACGGUGGCACUUGUGCUCAUCGACCUGGUUCAAAUCAAACUUUUUGUAUUUGUUCUAACAUCUUUUCAGGGGAUCAUUGCGAAAUCUGGAAUCCAGCUUGCGAUAGUAACCCCUGUAUGAAUAAUGCAACGUGUAAUUCAACAGGAAUUGCUGGCUUUAAGUGUAUUUGCCACUGUUUAUAUGAAGGAAGAUUAUGCGAGAAAACUAAAGAUUUUUGUGAUACUUAUCCAAAGCCUUGCUCGGUUGGCUUUGCUAAAAAGUGCGUACAAAUUUCAGGAGUUUGUCAAGCAACUUGCAUUUGCGAAGAUGGAUUCUAUGGUGAAGAAUGUAUUUUUGACAUGGAUGAGUGCCAAUCGGGCCCCUGUGGAAUAGGAACGUCCUAUUGCGAGAAUACGCCUGGUUCUUAUCGGUGCAUUUGUAAAAAUGGUUGGGGCGGCAAAAGAUGCGAUGUCAACGAGGAUAGAUGUCUGUCCUGUAGGACUAUUAACUGCGUCGAUCCGCCAGAGACUAAUAAAUGCUAUUGCUUACCGGGACAAGCCGGAUUCAACUGUGAAUACGAAUCGUGUAGACCGAAGGAAGAUUAUCUUGCAGACUGUUUAAAUGGGGGAUUAUGCAUUAGGAAGAAUCCGCAUAGUCAGCCUACUUGCGAAUGUCCCGAAAAUUUUUCAGGCGUCAAAUGCGAACAUAAGUUGGCAAAUGAAGCUUGUUCUUGUCACCCUAAUAGGGGUUUGGGUUGCCUUAACGGCAAGUGUAUUUGUAAGCCAGGAUAUUCGGGCGAAUAUUGUGAUAUAAUGAUUAGGGAAUGUCACCUAAAACCUUCUUGCCCUUCCAAUUAUUCAUGUAUAGAUGAUUUAAACUUUAUUCGUAGGAAGCGAAGUACAAUAAGAUAUGUUGAUUUUACAUGUAAAGUUCCAACUCAGCCAGGUAGCGAUAGACACUCGGUUUCGUGGUUUAGAAGAAGAAUGGGAACGAAUGAAAGAAUUUUCAAUGCCGAAUUCGGAAUUUUUAAGAGUUUACCAUCCAAACAUGGUUAUCUUUUUACUGCUGAUGGUAAACGUGCAAAUAUUACUUACUACAAUUAUUCUGUUAGACUAGAUACACCCAAUGUCAUGAGCCUUAUUAACUAUGAAUAUUCAUGCGUAUCAAGUUUUCAAAAUUCAUCGGUAACGAGCCUUGAAUUUAAAUCUUCGCUCCAUUAAUAGCAUAAUUUAUAAUUUUUAGGGAAUAUUUAACCUUCUCAUUAGUCACUUUAUACUAAAAAGGGAGGGGAAGGUCGUCUACGUGUCUUUAUACGAGGGGAAUAAGAAGUGCGUAAAAAAUUCAUGUUUACAACUGUUACCGGAUUUGACCUUCCCACCAUGUUCAAAUGGUACUUGCAAGACGGAUACAAGAAUAAAUUCCCUAAAGCAGAUAAAAAACGUCUUCUAUACUGAUUAUCGUUGUCAUUGCGGUCCUUAUUACACUGGUAGGAAUUGUGAAACAUUAAUUAAUAUAUGCUCCUACGUUCAUUGUAAAAAUGGGGGCACUUGCAUUCAAAAGGGAACAAAUUUUAAAUGUCUUUGUUUGUCAAUCUUUGAGGGGGAAUUAUGUCAAUAUUACAUCAGACCUUGCGACAGUAAUCCCUGUUAUAAUGGCGGUAGUUGCAUCGGUGCGUUGCAUCCUGUUGAUAAAAGAAAAGUUUGGGGGUGUAAAUGUUCACCUAAGUUCUAUGGCGAAAGGUGUGAAAAGAAAUCUACCGCGUGUUUAAGUAGACCUUGUUUUAAUGGUGGAAAGUGCGAACCCAUGGGAAUUUCAUAUAUGUGUAACUGCCCACCCGGUAUAAAUGGCACAUUUUGUGAACAAUUUACACCAUGCUAUUCGUUGCCUUGCAGUAAUGGCGGAACUUGCAGAACUAUGUCAGAUGGAAUUUCAUACACCUGUUUAUGUCCCGAAGGGUAUUUUGGAAGGACUUGUUUAUUUACUCGACCCUGUGACGCGUUACCUUGUCAGUUUGGGGGUAGUUGUAGUGAGAAAAAAGGGAAAGUAACAUGUACAUGUCCUGAUCAUACAACGGGAAAAUUUUGCGAACACACACCGUCUAAUUGUUUUGGUACCAUUUGUUUCAAUGGAGCCAAAUGCAGGGGUACAGUAGAGAGUCCGAAAUGCCUAUGCCCUCCGGGAAUUUAUGGAGAUGGUUGCGAAGUAUCAAAUAGAAGGAUGGAAGAAGGGGAAAUAGGUAGUUUGGGUGUUUGGCAAGGGCCAGAAGUACCUCUUUUACCAGGUGAAUUGGCGAAAAAGAACUUCUCGAGAGAAUAUGAUGAAGAACUGAAGAAUUCAACGGAUUGCUAUUACUUCAAUUGUUUUCAUCAAGGAGCAUGUACGCUAAAAUACGGAAAAUUAUCAUGUAACUGCCCCCAUGGAUACACUGGGGAGAAUUGCGAGGUUGCUAUUUAUGAUUGUCCUAACAAGACUUGUAGCAACUCUGGUCGUUGUAAGAUAUACAAGUCAAUUGGAGAAACUGCAUCACUUGUGUGCAAAUGCCCUACUGGUUGGAAAGGCGAUUAUUGUACAAUUGCUUAUCCUGAUGACCAGUGUCAGUCAACUGAUUGUAAAUGGGGCGGUACGUGUACAUUAUUACAGAGCGGAGGCUAUAAAUGCGAUUGUCCCCCACUAACCACGGGCCCUAGUUGUCAGACAGUUCUAAGUUCCUGUAUUGGACAGCCCUGCUGGAAUGGGGGUGUAUGCGAACCGCUACCUGAUCUGGGUAUAUAUUCAUUUCGGUGUCAUUGCCCUCAGACAUUUUCCGGUAAUUUUUGCGAAGACAAAGCUGCUGAGGAAAACUUGUUUGAAGUGCUAUUUACCGCAAUGAUAUUUUUAUCCAUUGGGUUAAUUUUGUUAUUAACUGUCAAGGCUGUCGUCAAUUUGACCGCUUCUAAGAAUCUUAUGCGAGGUUAUUAUUUCUGUGAGAAGAAUUCGUUGAUUUGGUCGAGAUUGCGCCGUAUAAAUAAUAAUACAGAAAAUAAAAAUAACAUGAAAAGAUUUUUAGUGGACAUAGAAAGUGAUAAACGAAAUUUGUUUCAAAAGAAUAUUAAAGAUCAUAAAAUCCUAUGACGUCAUUUUCGAAGAAGUCGUCUUUUUUUUUACUGCUCUAAUAAAACGUUAUUUUUUUAUAUUUUACCUUUUAAGGAACAAUUUUGUACAGUUUUGUUAUAUCGUUUGUUGAACAAAUAAAGCGGUUUACUAAUCUAAUAUUGAUUGUCCCUCAGGGACUAAAUAAUAUUACCAGUUUUCGUGAAGAAUUUUUUACUUUUGUCUAUGAAAACUUUGAUUGACAUGUAUUUAUUAUGAUUAAAUUACGUAAUAUAAUAAAAAUGGCUAAAUUGUUGUAAACUUUACGUAUUUACCAUAUUUUGACUUUUUUUCUUAAAGAACAUACAGAUCUUUCCCAGAUCAUUAAGUAAUACUGCAGGGUAUUUUUACAAAUCAAAAGAGGUUAAUGUCCUAAAAGACCAAGGGUCCCAGGGCAAAAUCUCCCAUCAAUAGAAGAUGCAUGGGAAAUUGACAAAGAAACUUUAAAGGAGAGAAAACCUCAAAUGUCCCCUAAUGUUGUGCUUCAUCUGUCUGUUUGAGUCAGUUCGCUUCUCUCUCAUUUACUUCACUCUACUGCUUUAGCCUAGUUGUUUUUCUUUUUUAUGGCCAAAAGUCGACAUACUUGUCUAAACCAGACAAUGUUGAUCUACUAUACUUUACUCGUUAUACGUAGUAGUCCUAUGUCAAUGAAAAAGGAUUUUCGAUUUAUUUACUUACUUGCAUUAUAGAAUUAUCUACUUCAUCCUCUAAAAACCUGAAUGUAUCUAUUUGGAAAUCCAAUAAAUAUAUCUCUAUCAACAUUCUCUAAGUUCUUCAAUUUAUGGGGGGGCUAUAUAGAAAUGUUCUCUAGAGAUGCAACUUUUCCAUGUGUCGUCUAGCAUGUCCUCCGGAAAUUCUUAAUAUUCUGGAAGAAUAUUUUUUUUAAAAGCAUUUCUUAAAAGAAAAACAUUCUCGUAGUUGAAAAUGCUUGGUGAUAAGUUUGAUAUUGACUGAUAGCAGUUUUAUGCUGUAAAAACGCUUCAUAUCUUCGUGUAAGAUGAUAGAAAUAAAGCGUUUGCGGUAAAGAUUAAAUAGGUUCAUUUUUAUAGCAUUAAAAGAAUUUUUGUGUGGCGCCCCCUUUGUCUGGGUUUGAAAGAAGAUACGAGAAGAAGGUGUCUAAAGCAUGGAGUCUUUUGUCAUAUCCAGGAAACGGCGUCGACAGAGAAGAAAAACGUGGCUAAAGGGGUGAGGGGAAGUGAAAAUUCUCCGGAGCAAACAAUCAAAUUCCACAGUAAAUGCAGAAUUACCGUUUUUCUCCAAAUAUUUACUUAUCGCCACUUUUAUCGCUUCAAAUAAGUCGGCUAGAAUUGAAAAAAAAUAAAUAAAUAAGAAGAAGUAGAC